AUGGAUACCAAACAGACCGACACAUUCACCGCAUCGCGCGUCACCUUUACCACGCCCUGCACCUUCGAAGCUGUCGCAGCCAAACUCAACAGCGAAAUCCAGUCCAACGGCAGUGUCACCAGGGAAGAUCUGGUUGCAGUAGUGCAUCAGGGCAAAGAUGCGUUUACUGAGUAUUUUUCAAACAAAGUAGGAAGCUUUGGCUUCAUCGCGUUCGGCGGCGGCAUCAACCAUUCAUGGAUACAGCUGUUUGGCGUCGGCGGUGGCUUGCGGCUCCAGCGGAUCACGCUGGGAAAUCCGCUGAUUGCGAUUACUAUGCUGAAGUAUGACUUGGAUGCGGGCCUGUUUGUGCCGGUGGAACUGCUUAUGAAGGAGCUGCCAGAGGGGAAAGGGACCGCUAUUGUCUACGUGCUGCCUAGCAGUCUGGUUGCUGGUGUGAAUACAGAUGACAGACUGAAAGAGGCAGCCCAGUCGUUGGAUGAAAAGCUAGAAGCAUUGGUGCGACACAUUACUUCACCCUAA